ACGCCACCGGUUUGACCGGUUGAGUUCAACUGCCAGUACUGCCACAUGCUUGCCCGUUCUCUUCGCGUGCACACGAGGUUUGGAUCGUCGUUGCAAAAAGAAAGUUAAAAUAAAUCGAGCUGUGAAUCGAAAACCAGCGCGAUGAUCAUUCCUGUGCGGUGCUUCACCUGCGGUAAGGUGAUCGGCAACAAGUGGGAGGCGUAUCUGGGACUCCUUCAAGCGGAGUAUACCGAAGGAGACGCCUUGGACGCGCUAGGUCUGAAAAGAUACUGCUGCCGCAGGAUGCUGCUUGGACACGUGGAUCUGAUUGAGAAGCUACUCAACUACGCGCCGCUAGAGAAAUGAUUUCCGACUGUUGUGCCGUUAUUAAAUGGACAUCAUCUAAUAGACUGCUCAUGAGACACCUAAAGUGUGCAUAAUCCCACUCUUGUUAUACACGGAAAUUGAUCACAGAACAAAGUCUAUUCUGUUCUGUCCUUUGUAGUCUCAGUAUUUUAGCUUGUAAUGAUACUCAUGUGAUAAGUAUGUUUGUGAGAGAAGAAUGAUUAAACGAAUGUUUUCUUGCUAGAA